UUUAACGUAUCGGCGAGUCUGUAAAGCAGUGCCGUUUUGCUCGUUGACCUCACGUCCUCGUAGACGCCGCCGAGACGUCGUUUCGUUGUUAGCGAGUCGAGAAGUCGCUUAAAGUGAGGUCUAUAAUAAGAAUUUAAGGUUACAGUCCCGCACGUGAUCGCGCCGACUGCUCCGUUUCGCAUAAUCGCAUUGCGUAUCCAGUUAUCCACCAGGAUUUCUGGCACUUGGCGUCGUCCGUGGGGUUUUUAACCUCUCUCGCGUUCACUCGUGUUCCCCGUGUGCCCACGUGUGUCCCCCGGUGACGAUGUCAAAUGUACGAACCCUGGUGCUUCCAAUCCUAGCUGCAGUAGGGACAAUAAUAGUUGUAGGAGUGGCAUUUAAAAUCUAUAUAUCCUGGAGCAAGAAGAAGAAGAAGUCUGUGCCAAUAUUGCUGGUUGAUCCGGUAGUCAAAUAUAGCCUGCCUCUAAUCGAGAAAGACAUAAUUAGUCACGACACGAGAAAGUUCCGGUUUGGACUACCAACACCAGAUCACGUUCUCGGCCUGCCUAUCGGUCAACACGUACAUCUGACAGCGAAGAUUGGAGAGGAGGUCGUGAUACGUUCGUACACGCCUGUCUCGAGCGACGAUGAUCGAGGCUACGUGGAUCUCGUCAUCAAGGUAUAUUUCAAGAAUGUGCACCCGAAAUUUCCGGAAGGAGGAAAAUUGUCUCAGUACUUGGAGAACAUGAAAAUAGGGGAUACCAUUGACUUCAGAGGACCGUCCGGUAGAUUGGUCUACAAAGGCAACGGAAAAAUCGCCAUCAAACUUCUCAGGAAGGAACCGCCCGUAGAAUAUAACGUCAAAAAGAUGAUCAUGCUCGCCGGCGGUACUGGUAUCACCCCGAUGUUGCAACUGAUUCGUGCGAUAGUAAAGGAUCCGACGGAUGAAACUCAAGUAUCCCUGUUGUACGCCAACCAGACCGAGAAGGACAUCCUGUUGCGGGAUGAACUGGACGAUGUUGCUAAAAAAUAUCCGAAUCGAGUGAAGGUUUGGUACACAGUAGACACGAGCAGCGAGGGAUGGUCAUACAGCACAGGGUACAUUAACGCUGACAUGAUCGAGAGACACACGUUCCCGCCAUCGCCGGAUACCAUAGUAUUAAUGUGCGGUCCACCGCCAAUGAUCAAUUUCGCUUGCACGCCAAACUUGGAGAAACUUGGCUACGACAGUAAAUUACGAUUCGCGUAUUAAUUGACUCACGGGCAAGAUUGUAGUUUGCAUCCAACCGAGACUUGUAUGUUUUUAGCGUACUUUAGUAAAGUAAAACACGAGCCGUUGAUGUCUGACUAAACACCUUAGUCGGUCCGUUUUAACGCGGGAUCUUGAAUGUAAUGCGAUGCUAAUCGAUGAUCUUCUUUUCUGGAUUUCCUCAAUCCUGAGGUAGCCUUGCGGUUCCGUCUUUAUUUUAUUGUUUCCUUGGAGAAAAUUCCUUCAAUUACAGCGAUUAUAAGUCACCCCAUUCAACACGUAAACUGGGUCUAUAUUUUAACUUGGUAUAGCUCCAUUUUAUAAUUUUUAUAAAAAGUUGUUUACUUUCUUAUAAAUAUGUCAUUUUUAAAAAUAUACAUUAUCUUAUAGAUGUUUUUAAUUCAAUGGUUCUCUAUUGAAAAGAGGGCGAAGAGAAACAAACUUUCAUAAGCUUAAAGACAACACGUGAACAGUAUUUGCUGAUUACUACCUAAGGAUCGAAUUGUUUUUAUUGUAGCAGUCAAUAGAAGAUAGUACGUUGUACGUAGUGCAUGGAUACUUAUCUAUCUAUCUAUCUAUCUAUCUAUCUAUCUAUCUAUAUAUAUAUAUAUAUAUAUAUAUAUAUAUGGAUAAGUAUCCAUGCAUAUAUAUAUAUCCAACAAUAUCUACAAGACAUAAAAACAUCGAAGUUUGGAGCACCCUUUUUUUAUUCUCGAGUCACAAGCUAUAUUUAGUUAUAAUCAAUUUGAAUAGCAAAAAUCAUAGAAUUUAAGGGAAACUUAAAAAUCAGAUACGCAAGCAUUUGCCUUAUUACUUAUUAAAAUAUACUUUGUUCAGCCGUACAUUUGUGUUGUGUAAGAAUGACCUGUAUAAAGGAUGGGGUGAAUAAAGUAUAUUUGUUAGCAUGGGAUAUUUAAACAACAUAUUGUAUCUCAAAGCAUUUAUUAAUGUUGAAUCUCUAUUGUGUCGUUAUAAAAAUUCUAAAUACAUGAAACAAAUGCCUUUUUUAAAGUUUUAAGAAUCUUUGUAGGAAACUGAAUAGAAUAGAAUUCAUAUGUAAAUAUACGUUUGAAGAAA